AUCGUCUGCUCGAUUGUUGAUAAUCUGCAUUUUGCCUGCGCAUCUAGAUCGUCUGCUUGGAUUGAAGAAAGCAUUCGAGGAUCGUAUUUUUUACUCAGGACCACCUUGCGUAUUAUGCUGUACAGAAUUCCAUGCCAAUUUUGUGUCGAUGAGACAGAUGGAAGUCGUGUGGGAUUAAGAUUUCUAAAUCGUCAUGCGAACAGGAGAACAAGGAACUGUAACCUUGGAACAGGCGUUGCUGAUUGACCAAAUAACGAAGUACAUUCUUUUUGAGACGAGAAAAAUAACGGAUACCGUAUAAUCUACAUUUUAAAGUUUUCCGCCGCCCUUUCGAACUGAAAGAAGGACAACAGUCAAGUUUUUGUCCAUUGCCGACUAUAUAGUUUGGAGGAUUUGAAAUAGUUUACACUUUCGAGUGGAUUUAGUCGUUUGAUUCCUAGUUUGGAUCUAUUCUGGGGAGAGUUCGUCCAACCAGCUUUUAAGGAUGAUAUUUGUGAGGAUGCUAACCAGGAGUUAAAAAGGUCUCAAUAAUAAGACUGACCAACCCAAACGGAGCAUUGCAGCGCCGAAACGGGACCGGAAGUAAAUGUAGGACCUAUGGAAAACGCAUGCGCCAAUGAUGUCGUCAGCGAACUGGUGCAUGGUCCUAUUCACGUGGGCCCUGAUCGGGGCAGCGCAGGCGUACAGGCGAUGCCAUCCAAAGGUGCCCUGCAGGUGUUUGAAUUCGCGGCAUUUUGACCCGGAAGCAGAAGACGCCAUGAUUAUAGAUUGUUCGAGGAGAGGACUUUUGACUAUUCCCAUAUUCCCCAGCCUGGUGAAUGUAAAAAUUCAACGAAUCGUUCUCACGGGAAACCGCAUCCAUGAGGUCUUGGGCCGGCAAUUCGUUGGUCUGAACGUCUCCGAAAUCUACUUAGAUAACAACCCGAUUACUAAAAUUGAAGUGGAUGCUUUUCAAGGUGUUGAAGGUUUGAAAACGCUGGUCUUCACCGGUUGUAACAUGACCCGUAUUCCGCGUGUUUUUGAGUACACCCCGGAUCUAAUAGACCUGUCUCUCGCACGCAAUCACAUCAGAAACAUAACGCCGGGUUUCUUCAAACACCUGACGAAAUUACACUUUUUAGACUUGAGUCGAAAUCCUUUGGCGUUUGCUGAAGACAUGUUUCGUGGUUUGGAAGAAAGUCUGAAAGAUUUAAAGCUGAACGGCGUCGGUUUAACGGAGAUUCCCACAGCGGCGCUCGCCAAGCUUCGGCGUUUGGAUAACUUGGAACUCCAGGACAAUGGAUUUAAGGGUCUUUACAAUCACACCUUCGUUGGGCUUCCGAGAAAUAGGUUUACUCAUUACAUUUUUGAUAACAAUAACAUCCGUUACAUCGCCCCAGACGCUUUCCACGGACACCCUAUGCCAAUAUAUUUAGACUUACACGAAAACCGGAUCAAGAAGGUAGACUUUAUAAAAGACCCAUGCUUUUUUCAAGCAUCUAUUAUCCAUCUUCACGGAAAUCCCAUCCACUGUGACUGCAGUCUUUACAAUCUUACCAAACAUAGACAAUUGAUGUUACAUGGUGAUUGCAUGACGCCAAGAAAAUGGCGGCGACUUCCGCUCAUGGAGGAACCGGAGGUACAUACUUCCCAUGAUUCCGUGCACACGUUUACUACAGUUGCGUCCGAGACGUGUGGUGACGAUGAACCGUACAAAAAAUACGAUUGCCCAUGCAAGGAGUCGGGUAACCACGUGCACGUACACGAUCAUGGUGACGAAGAUUUUGAAUCGCACGACCCUCACCAUGGACACGAAAUGUCAUGCGCAACAUACGACAUCGCCUUACCCUCGUUAGAAAGAUCAGGAUCGGGUUCAAGGCUCUCAUUCUCUGGAAUGACCUUGUUGGUCGCUUUAGUUGUUUAUACGCAAGUUGCUUUGGUAGCUGGUGUUCAGUCUUGAAAUGAACUUUCAGUUAGUUCGCCCUUAGGUUCCUAGACGAAAAGGAAUUCUACACUCGCCACUUUCUCGAGCAGAAAUGUAGGACUGCCAAUCAGGUAUCGACACAUCAGAAGACGCUCUCAUGCCCAGUUCAGCGCAGACAGCAUGGCCAGGGAUUCUGAUAUGCCACCACCUUAUCGGAAGUCUUUAAUUGCCACCUGAGUGAAGUGGCGAAUGGUAUCAACAUUCAGUCAUGAUGAGUGCAGGUUUGGCGAAUACAUUGCGCCGUCGUGCGAAAUCGCAAAUUAUUGCGACUAUUUUCUCGAAAAUCUGUUUAAAAACCGAUGGGGAACUUUAAGGAUUUUUACGUGUUGCUUCCCUUCUGCUCUGGACACAAAAGAUUGUAAAUAUUGUAUAUAGCGAUUUUCGACUAUUCAUGCGUCGACUGAUUUUGGGGCCUGAGGGUACGGUCAUACUCCAGCAAAGGUGGGUGAUGGCGGCCCUUGGUAUAGUGGAGCCUCGGCAAGAAAUCGUUCACCGUCAAUUUCGUCAGUAUUUUAAUGCUAGCCUCCGACGCAGGGUAUUGAUGGAUCAUGUGUAGAUUAAAUAAUCAAAUAAGAAAAGUAUGUGGAAGUGAUGAUAAAAAGACAGUAAUUUUGGCUAUGAGGAUUUGAUACAUGACUACAUGACAUCUUAAUUUCUGCUCUUUACAGCUUUUUCAAAGAAUAAUGAUAAAUUGUAUAUAUUUCGUGUGCGAGCACCAAUGGGUUUAUUGGGUGCGGCUUGUACUUAUUUGUAAUAAAAUGUUUCAGGUUAAAUCAAUGGUGCCACAGAUACUUUUUAUAUCGCGAUGUGGAUUCAAUGGUGUGUAUUGUUGUUAAUUUGUACUUAAUGGUUGCAACAUGGUGAUGAACUUACCAAGCCAAACAAGAAAUCACCCUCAAAAGAACCGUAAAGAUGGCAACUCUCUCAUUACGUAUAUUCAUAUCGACUCCUGAAGAACUUUUCGUAGGUUCCCCCCCUCCCCCGACUUCUUUAUAAUUGUUCUUUGGAGAGUGAUUAAGGCUACCUAUAUAAGUCACUAUGUUUCCAAACCUCUUUUUUGUUUACUGGCAAAUGGUGCGCGUGUAUAUACCCGGCAGAGCAGAGGAGAGAGAUUGGGUGAUAUGAAUAAAGACUAGCAAAUGCUUUUAUCUAAAACUCCAUGUACAUUUACACUAGGCCUUUCUGUACAAAAUUGAAGUAAAACCAUUUGCUAGUCUUUAUUCAUAUCACUCAAUAUGUUGACAAAAUGGCCACUUUAUAUAUUAAGGCGUGAAAUUAAAAAAUAAUUCAACUGAAAAAAGAAAUUACACAAGACUGGUGUGUAGAAGGUGUAUUGAAUAUACCGUACAACCUCUCUACUGCGGACACCCAUGGGACUGUGCAUUGGUGUCCGUAAUAGGGAGGUGUCCUUAAUAGGGAGGUUAUGUCAUUAUUGUCCAUUACAUGUACUCUACGAAGAAUGAAUUGUCUUGUGCUUGUUAAAAGCACGAAGAAAGUAUCUAUUCAUUCUUGAUAAAAAUAUAAGUCAUAAACUUUGAUCAUGUUAUUUGUGAAGUCUGCGAUCAUCUUCUGAUCCAGUGUAAAUUGUAUAUAGCAUUUCCGUUUUAGUAAUGCAUAUCUGAGAGCUGAAUGUGUUUAAAAUAAGUGACAUAUCGAAUGCAGUGACGCAUUUCCCUAUAAUCUGUGUCUAAAAUGGGAAUGAAGAACCAGCUAAUAGAAGCAAUGUUACAUGGCUCAGGUUGAGGAAGCCCUUCUUCUUUUCGAUCCAGUGAUGCGCUUUGCCGCUCCCGCCGAUAUCAUAGGGACUGCUGGAAUGACUUUAAGCAAGGCCUAGCAUAGCUGCGAUACAAUGUCAAUAUAUACCUAUAUGUGUCCGCAGUGUGCGCCUUCUCUAGAAACCAUUUGUCUCAACAAAUGAUAUUGAGCCAUGUUGAUAAAUAUCACAACUGAAGAAAAACGUUCGAAUGGUUAUUGCUUGUAUCCGAUCCGUUGCAAGCUCGGAGCAUUGUUAUAUUUCUCAGUGACCAUGCGUGCAGUUUCUGCCAGAUAAUGCAAAAUAAACACGGAGUUGAUGCAUUUCCAUGAGAAAUGGUAAAUUGAAUUCGCAGGGCUUGAUGGAGACUGAUGGUGCGAGUGGUUAAAAAGAAUGGUGAAGUGGUGGUGCGCAAAACGGACUGGUUCCAUUUGCGCUGCUUUGAGUACGAUUUUUUAACAUGUUCAGUGAGCGAGGGGUGUCCAUUUUUUCGAGAAGGAUUGUUGCAUUGAAGACCGACCCUUUCCAUUGGUUUAUCAGAGAAAGAGAAUUGCGUCGAGAUGGACGACUCGUCCGUCAUUUUGCGCACUUUGAUCAUGAAGUCGGUCCAUCUAUACUCCUUUUUGAUGCAUGGCCACAUGGCCUCCAUUAGGUUUCUCCAAAAAGCUCCAGCAUGGUCAAUAUGGAACAACAGAAAUCCAUUUUGAGUUGCAGAAAGUAGUGUUUCUCGCCGGCGCCUUCAGCAAAUUGUUGAUCUCUCUGGCUAAAAACCCUCGCUGUCGACAGUGUUGGAAUAGAUUUUCAAUGCGGUAGGACUCACGGCCACUGGUCAAAUAAAAGUUGCGAAGUGCUCGUGAGUGGUUCGUUGACAUUGGUCCAUUUGGGUGGGUUUCGGGUG